AUGACGGACGUAGAGAAUGCGCUCUCCGUAGCAGAACGAGGGGAACUGAGGCGCUCCCUGGCAGCUACAAAAGACCCAUACAUCGCCGCAAUCCCAAAAGUCGAACUCCACAUUCACAUAGAAGGUAUCAUAAGUGCAGAUCUGAAGUGGAAGUUCUCGCAGCGGAAUGGCCAACCAAUCAUCAACCCACGAACCGGUCAAUCCUUCUCUUCACUUGCUGAGCUUCGGGAUUCACAUGACACCUUAAAGCCGCGUACGGGGAACCGCAUGGACAACAGUGAAGAGACUUUGUCCUUUUUCGAGGCUUACUAUGGUGGCUUUGAGGCCCUCAAGACUCAGCAGGACUAUUAUGAUCUUGCUAUGGAUUACUACGAACAUGCAGCAGCGACGAACGUGCGAUAUGCAGAGAUUUUCUUUGAUCCGCAAGGCCAUACGCGCGUUGGGACGAGUUGGGAGAUGAUGAUGGAAGGUUUCCGAGCAGCGCAGCGGAAAGCUGAGCAGGACCUCAACGUGAAGUCUGCUUGGAUCAUGUGCUUCCUUCGGGAUGAAACACCAGAGUCCGCAAUGGAACACUAUGACGCAGCACUCAAAUACCGCGAUAUGAUAGUAGGAAUUGGCCUCGACUCCAAUGAAGUUGAUAGACCACCAUCGCUAUUUGAUGAAGUCUUUGUAAGAGCUAGGAAUGAUGGCUUCCGUCUUACGGCGCACUGCGAUGUUGGCAAGCCCUAUCCUCUCGAACACAUUCAUCAGGUGGCGACGAGUAUUGCAGGCACAGGGGCCGAUAGAAUCGACCACGGACUCAAUGCUGCUAGCGAUACAGAUCUCAUGACUCUUAUCAAGGGAAAAGACCUCGGCAUGACAAUCUGUCCUUGGUCGUACAUCCGCCAUCAACCAAUGGACGAGGUUUUCCAGCGAAUUCGAACUCUCUUCGACGCUGGCAUCAAGAUUGCUAUUGCAAGCGACGAUCCAGCGUUUAUGGAGGACACAUGGGCGCUGGAGAAUUUGCUAGUGGUGAAGAGGUACUGUGGCUUUACAAAUCUAGAAAUUCAAAGGCUGGCGGAGAAUGCUAUAAAGAUGUGCUGGACUUCUGAAGAUGCGAGAGAGGAGAUGUUACGCGAGCUGUAUAACAUCGAACCAGGAACUUAG